AUGGUGGGCAAUAGCGAAGUAGCUGCUGGGGCGAACGGAGGGCAGCACUCAGCCGCCGCCGCCGCCACUGGACCCAGCCAGCCAGCUGCCGCCCUAGAUAACCGGUCUGGCAUGACAGAAGAUGAAAUCGCCCUCUACGACCGUCAAAUCCGCCUCUGGGGCAUGCGGGCCCAAGAGAAGCUUCGCUCUGCCCACGUAUUGCUUGUCACAAUGCGCGGCCUGGGAAACGAGAUCGCCAAAAACCUGGUGUUGGCCGGUGUCGGCUCGCUGACGGUCGCCGACCACGAAAACGUGACAGAGGAGGACCUGGGCUCGCAAUUCUUGCUGGCAACACCAUCGGCAGGCGACGUGGUGCCAGCGGACGCAACAUCGGAGCAGAGACAGGCAGCUGACCGGGCGGCGGCCGCGGCCGUUGUCGGUACGAACCGCGCUGUGGCCGCUAGCCAGCAGCUGAGCUCGAUGAACCCGCGUGUCAACGUGGUGGCCGAGCAGCGCGAUGUCUGCGCUCAGCAAGUCAACUACUUUGCCAAGUUCAGCCUCGUCAUUGUCACAGACCGCAACCCAGAGGUGCUCAACUACAUCAACACGGCCACGCGCCUCCAGAAUCGCCCAUUCUACGCCGCCAGCUCGUACGGCCUGUUUGGCUUCAUCUUUGCCGACCUCAUCGAGCACGACUUUGUGAUUGUGCGCGAGCGGGGCAACAUUGCCUCCAGGGUCGGAGACCACGAGACACGCACGCGGACCAUCGUGGACGUCAAGGUGGAGGGCGAGCAGGGUGCGGCGGCGACCAAGGAGUCGGUGACAAAGCGAGAGGUGUACUCGACGUGGCUCUUGGCCUCGGACGCGUCGCCUUUGCCGUUUUCGAUCCGGAGCGUCGCACGGCGCCUGCGCAAUGUCACGCCCCUGCUGCCAUGCCUGCGCGCUCUGUGGGCCUUCCAGGAGAACCACAGUGUCGAGAACUACCGCUUGCCGGACGCCAACAACGCCCAGGACCGCUCCGAGUACAUUGGGCUUGUCAGCAUAAAGCAGCAGGCACUCGGCACGCCGCCAGUCACCGCCGACAAGAUCCGCGAGUUCUUGCAGAGUGUGUCGGGGUUGCGGGAGACGUCGCCUGUCGUGACGGUGCUGGGCGGCCAGCUUGCGCAGGACGUCAUCAACACAAUCGGGCAGACACAGCAGCCGAUCCAAAACCUGGUGGUGUUUGACGGCUCAACCAUGCAGUCGUCCGUGUACGCGAUGCACCCGGAAAUGGACCUGGGCAACGCGCAGCUGUCCACUGCACCAAAGUCGACGGCAACAGAGACGGCGGCUGAGGCGACCGGCGUCGUGCUCGACCCGGCGGCCGAGCUGGCUCUUGCUUCUGGCCCAACAGCAGCGGUAGCGACUCCUUCUCUGCCACUGCAAUUAGCACAGGCACAGGCACAGGCACAGACACCAGCUCAGAAUCUCCAGUAG